AUGCCUUCUGAUAGUCGAAAAACAGCAGUGCAGCAACAGGCGGAUUACAUCAGUGGAGCACGAUAUUCAGGAGGUUAUAAAAACGGAAAACGACAUGGUUUCGGUAAACUUAUUCUGAAUAACGGCUCAUACUAUGAAGGAGAUUUUGUCAAUAAUGAAAAACAUGGUCGCGGAACAUAUAAAUGGUCGAAUGGCGGCGUGUUUGUGGGACAAUACGAACACGACCGUCCGCAUGGACAAGGGAAGUUAAUAUCGAACACAGGUGAUAUUUACGAAGGAAAUUGGAAUAAUGGAAAACGACAUGGUCAAGGUAAAUCCAUUUGGAAGAAUGGUGAUGUCUAUGAAGGUAAUUAUGACAAAAAUGAAAAACACGGUCUUGGAACAUACAGAUGGGCGAGUAAGGAUGCAGUGUAUACAGGUGAUUGGCAACAUAAUGUUUUUCAUGGUCAAGGUCAAUACCAGUACGGAAAUGGUGAUCUCUAUGAAGGAGAUUUUAACGAAGGUAGAAGACAUGGAUAUGCAAAAGUUACAUAUGCUAAUGGCGAUGUGUACGAAGGUGAAUAUGCGAAUGAUCUGAAGCAUGGUUAUGGAAAAUUCUCUUGGGCGAAUGGUGAUUCUUAUCAAGGAGAAUUUGUUGAUGGAGUUCCAAAUGGCAAAGGUGAUUAUAUUUGGGCAUUGGGUGAGACAACUCACGAUCAGUUAUAUUCUGACGAUACGAGAAAAACUAAAUCAGACAAAAAAAGCUCCAAACGAACUAUUGCUCAACAAUUAUCUGCAAAAGAAUCCUUGCAGCGUAGUUCAGUAUCUGAUCCUAAUGACGAUUAUAGUGACAGUUCGGAAUUAUUUUAA